GCCGACUCGGUCUUCACUACACCUACAAGCCCUGCCUUUCACCUCGAACCUGAGGACUUGACAAGGGUCGACAAUGCUCUGGUAAAUCACUCAAAGGAUAUCAUACCUGCUCCCUCGAACGCUUCGCUGGAACCGCCAGCCUUAUUCGGAGCUGGUGGACCAAUGCUGAAACAAUUCGAUGAAUCUAAUAUUUCCAGUCGGAAGGGCUCUCAGGCAACGACCCCGCCGCGAUCGGUAGUUGGAAUCGGAGGCAAGGUUGCAAAGCCUGACUACUCUGAAGCCAAGAUCGUGUUGGCGAUGGUUGGAUUGCCUGCUCGAGGGAAAUCAUACCUGAGUAAUAAGCUCAUGCGCUACCUGCAGUGGUUGGAAUAUGAUGUCAAGGUUUUCAAUGUCGGCCAACUACGGCGUAGCCGUGCAAGGCUGAAGAAACAGCAGAGCGGGAUCAAAGAGGAUCACACGGCAUCUUAUUUUAGUCAUGAUAAUGUUGAAGCAACACGAUCGCGCGACCAACUUGCAGAAGACAGUCUAGAAAUGUUGAUACAGUGGUUGAAGGAAGGCGGCAAUGUUGGAAUUCAUGAUGCCACGAAUAGCACGCGAGCUCGAAGAGCUAAGAUCGAAGCCCGCGUAGCCAAGGAAAAGGGCAUCGUUGUCAUUUUUCUCGAAUCCGUUUGCGAUGAUCCGGCGCUCAUUGCGGCAAAUGUCGCACUGAAAGUAAGCUCGGGUGACCCGGACUACAAGGACAUGUCUCCGGAAGAUGCCAAGCAGGACUUCCUUCGCCGUAUCAAACAAUACGAAUCUGUAUACGAGACAAUAACAGAACCUCACCUGUCGUAUCUGCGCAUCACCAAUGUCGGAAAUCAGACUACCGUCUGUCGGAUCCAUGGGUACUUACAGAGUCGAAUUGCGUUCUACUUGAUGAAUCUGCACCUGAAGCCGAGGAGUAUAUUCUUUUCACGUCACGGAGAAAGCCAAUUCAAUGUUGAAGGAAAGAUUGGAGGUGAUUCGUACCUGUCUGAACGUGGGAUGCGUUACGCCACCAUGCUGCCAGCUCUCAUCACAGACAAUAUUGGCGAUGCACCGCUAACGGUUUGGACAUCCACGUUGCAACGCACAAUACAAACUGCACAUCAGCUACCAUACACCAAACUGACUUGGAAGUCACUGGACGAGCUUGACGCUGGUGUUUGCGAUGGGAUGACCUACGAAGAGAUAGAGCAAGCAUAUCCGGAGGACUUCGCAAAUCGAGACGAGGACAAAUUCAAUUACAGAUAUCGAGGGGGUGAAUCUUACCGAGAUGUUGUCGUUCGUCUGGAGCCUGUGAUCAUGGAGCUUGAACGGCAAGAGAACAUCCUCAUUAUUGGUCACCAGGCUAUUCUUCGGUGCCUUUACGCAUAUUUCCAUAACCUCCCCCAAGCCGAUCUACCAUACAUCAAGAUCCCUUUGCAUACUGUCAUCAAGCUCACUCCGAAAGCAUAUGGUUGUGACGAGGAAAGAUACACAUUACCUAUCGGUGCAGUCGACACACAUCGACCAAAACCAAAGCAGUCGCAAAUUGUAGUGAAGCCCACGACGGAUAGAGAAUAUUUUGGAGAUCAAACCUGAUGUUGUGUCGUCUAGACGUGUGAAAAUAAGGAUUGAUAGAUACAAU